AUGGGCACCAGCGCGGCACCGCCGACGACAUUGAUAUCAAGGCUGGUAAUCAAUCUGGACAAAAAGAUUCGUCGCACUGGUAGCACCGCAAACGGCAAUGACGGCACCUGGGGCGGUGCUCCCAUAAAAGACAGCGCUGAACCGAUUAUCAAUCGAGCACUCAUGUACGCCGUGUACUCUUACUCAGUCCGAUGGAUUCUCAUCAACGACAAACAAUAUCCAGAUGCCGAGGCUCGGAGCCAGUUUGCCUCCAUGAAGAACAAUCUUGCUUGUGGCCUAUAUCAUCAGGCGAGGAAAGACAUGUAUGCGAUCAUGUCUUUACCUUCCUAUCGAUCGGUCCUGGCACUAUAUCUAUUCGCGAUCAUCCCAAGCUCGAUCCAUGCUCAGGGUGACAGUUUCAGCGAUCUAUGCUUGGAAGCAUCUCUGAGUCACCAGGUCUACCUUCAGACCAGAGCACAAAUGCCCUCAUCAAGUGGAGACUCGAUUGCAAGUCUGCUUGACCGAGGCGCUUUUUCCAGCACGAAUAUCACCUUAAUGCAAGAGGACUCGCCGCUGGACACCGAGAAGCAGGAAUUUCAGUCUAUGUCGAGACUGGCCUUCUGGUUCGGAGUCAUCUCUGACACAACGAGAGCCUUGACGCGUUGCAGGCCAUCAAUCGUGCUCCCUGGGAAUACAGGUGAAUCAAAAGUGUGGUCGACUGUCCGGCAGCGUACACAAUUGUUCGAGCCACAGUUCAAGUCUCUUCGCGCACAGCCAACACCCUUCACUGACGACCAGGUGGUUGCCGUUCUCCAGCACGCAUUCCCGCUCAAAACCUUGGUCUGGGCUGCAAUCACUCGGGUCCAAGAUGCCCUUGUCCACCAACUCUCGGGCAUAUCACUUGCCGAAGCUGUCGACAAUGCCAGAAAGGAGAGCAAUCUUUUUGAACAAACUUUUGGGCAGCUUUUGUGUCUGUGUCAGCGAGAUUUCUUGCUGCUGACUCGCACAACUCAGAUGUAUUGGACACUGUUGAAUAUUCAUUUUCAAGUUGGCAAUCUAAUCUUGGUCGACGCGCUCCCGUCAACAUUCGUCUUCAUUGACCAGAACACCACUCCGUAUGACCUACGACUCUGUGCGUGUCGAAGCAUUAUCAUCGCGCUCAAUCUCGCCUUACAGACUAGAUACUUGGGAACCGAUAACGUCGUGCGCCCUAACAUCCUUCUCCUCGAUCCUUACCCAGACCUCAUGACAAACGCCAUCAUCCGCACCGGCUCUUCCAUUUUCACUCUGUACAACAUGCAAAAAUUGACCACCGAAAGUGCCCUUACCAUGUUUGCGGUCGUCAUUUCUGCACUCGAGGUGCUCGCAGAAAUAUCAUAUACCGCAUCGGCCGCUAUUCCACUCCUUAAGCAGCGGUUUGAGGGGUCUGGCAUCGAUCGAAACGCCAUUUUCAACAACGAUGUGCUUCAUCAGGCCGCGGCUUCGGUGUCGGCUGCUGUCGAUAAGGAUCUGUUCGACGCAGAUGUCCUCCGGCAACUGGAACAGCAGGCCACGGACCAAUCAUGGAUCGAUCGCGUGGUGCAGCAAUCCGAGGAGAGUCCAGCCCCGUUACAACUACCGGAAGAGAUGGAGCCUAUUGAUCUUGAGCUCUUCUCACGAGACUGGACCUUCGACGUAUGA